AUGUCUGCCGUUUUCAACAACGCUACAUUGACGGACUUGGUCCGCGAAGACACUUACUUCAAGACCUUGGCCAACAUCGGUAAGUUUCAACCACAGUUGAACUUUAUGGAGCAAUACUGGGCUGCUUGGUACACUUACAUGAACAACGAUGUUCUAGCCACCGGUCUAAUGUUCUUCCUAUUGCACGAGUUCAUGUACUUCUUCAGAUGUCUGCCAUGGUUCAUCAUUGACCAAAUCCCAUACUUCAGAAAGUGGAAGUUGCAACCAACCAAGAUUCCUUCCACCAAGGAACAACUAUACUGUUUGAAGGCCGUCCUGCUGUCCCACUUCUUGGUCGAGGCCAUCCCAAUCUGGACUUUCCACCCAAUGUGUGAAAAACUAGGUAUCACCGUCGAAGUCCCAUUCCCUUCAAUCAAGAAAAUGUCCCUAGAGAUCGCUCUGUUCUUCGUUUUGGAAGACAUGUGGCACUACUGGGCCCACAGGCUAUUCCACUACGGUGUCUUCUACAAGUACAUCCACAAGCAACACCACCGUUACGCUGCCCCAUUCGGUCUAUCCGCUGAGUACGCUCACCCAUUGGAAACUAUGUCUCUAGGUUUCGGUACCGUCGGUAUGCCAAUCCUAUACGUCAUGUACACUGGUAACUUGCAUUUGUUCACCUUAUGUGUAUGGAUUACCUUGAGACUGUUCCAAGCCGUCGACUCUCACUCCGGUUACGACUUCCCAUGGUCCUUGAACAAGUUCUUGCCUUUCUGGGCCGGUGCCGAACACCACGACUUGCACCACCACUACUUCAUCGGUAACUACGCUUCUUCUUUCAGAUGGUGGGAUUACUGUCUGGACACCGAAUCUGGUCCAGAAGCUAAGGUCGCCAGAGAAGAAAGAAUGAAGUCCAAGGCUGAACAAAAGGCUAAGAAGACCAAUUGA